AUGCAAAAUAAACCAUCAUUCAUUUUAAGAAACCCAUCAGCUAAUAAAGGUACUGGUUUUAAUAAUGAAGAAAGAGAAAAAUUAGGAUUAAAAGGUUUAUUACCACCAAAGGUUGAAUCAUUACAAGAACAAUCAGAUAGAGCAUUAUCACAAUUUACAUCAUUUAAUACAAACUUGGAAAGAUAUAUUUUCUUAAAUUGUUUACGUGAUCGUAAUGAAACUUUAUUCUAUUAUUUAUUAAGUAAUAAUUUAGAAUUAAUGAUGCCAAUCAUUUAUACACCAACCGUAGGUGAAGCAUGUCAAAAGUUUGGUAAUGAAUUCCGUUUCGCCCAAGGUAUGUAUUUUGCAUCCCAAGAUAAAGGUAACAUUCGUGCCAUGAUGGACAAUUGGCCAGCCGAAGGUGUCGAUAUUAUCGUUGUUUCCGAUGGUUCACGUAUUUUGGGUUUAGGUGAUCUCGGUACCAACGGUAUGGGUAUCCCAGUUGGUAAGUUACAAUUGUACGUCGCCGGUGCUGGUUUCUGUCCAACCCGUACACUCCCAGUCAUUAUCGAUAGUGGUACAAACACCAAGAAAUACCUCGAAGAUAAAUAUUAUUUAGGUGAACGUCAUCCACGUAUCCCAGACUCUGAAUAUUACCCAUUGGUUGAUGAGUUCCUUGCCGCCGCCUUCAACAAAUGGCCAAAGGUUAUCGUCCAAUUCGAAGAUAUCUCCAACGACCAUUGCUUCAACCUCCUCGACGAAUACCGUAACAAGUAUUUAUGUUUCAACGACGAUAUUCAAGGUACUGGUAGUGUCAUCUUGUCAGGUUUCAUCAAUGCCGUCCGUUCCGUUCAAAAACCAAUCAAAGAACAUCGUAUGGUAUUCUUGGGUGCUGGUUCCGCUGGUAUUGGUGUUGCCGAUUGCAUUAUGUCCCUCUUUGAUGAAGCUGGCGUUAGCAAAGAAGAAGCCAGAAAGAGUUUCUGGUUCGUCGAUUCUAAAGGUUUAAUUACUACCACCCGUGGUGACGAAUUAACCUCACAAAAGAAACAAUACGCUCGUGAGGAUUACACCUACCAAUUGAAAUCAUUAUUAGAGGUUGUCCGUGACGUUAAGCCAACCGCUAUCAUUGGUUUAUCAGGUAUCGGUGGUUCAUUCUCUCAAGAAGUAAUUGAAGAAAUGGCCAAACACGUCGAGAAACCAAUCGUUUUCGCUCUCUCAAAUCCAACCACCAACGCUGAAUGUACCGCAGAACAAGCUUACCAAUGGACCGAUGGUCGUUGUAUCUUUGCCUCUGGUUCACCAUUCAAACCAGUCGAAUACAAAGGUAAAACCUUUGUUCCAGGUCAAGGUAACAAUAUGUACAUCUUCCCAGGUCUUGGUUUAGCCGCUAGCGUUUGUGAAGCUAAACAUGUCACUGAUGCUAUGAUCAUUACUGCCGCUAAAACUCUUGCCUCCUUUGUAGAAGACUCUGAAGUUCUCACUGGUAAAAUCUAUCCAGGUCUCCAACAUAUUCGUGAAAUCUCAACAAGAAUCGCCGUUAAAGUCAUUGAAAAAGCUUAUGAAGAAGGUAUGGCUCAAUUACCACGUCCAGAUAAUAUUGAAGCUUUAGUCAAAUCUCGUCAAUAUGUUCCAUCUUAUGAUAAAUCAAAAAAUUGA